UGUAUAGCAAAAGCAAACAAUACUUCCUCUAUUAAAAUAAGAAAAUACUUGAUGUAAAAUAUAAAUUACAGCGCACAUCGGAGCUGCAAUUAGAUUACAACGCCGUUCGCAAUUAACACACACGCGCGCGUUAAGUGUUGGUCAACACUUUUGAAAUAUUAACGCUUGGUACAGCCAAGAAGAAGAACGAGCGUCGUUGAUCUUAUUCCUUUUAAUUGUUCGCGCAUAAAAUUUUCAAUUAAAUUUGAGUGGUUUGUUGUGUAAGUGCGUGAACAAAAGAUAAUAAACCGAGAUGGAAAACUCGCGACGUUCGAUUGCAACCAACGAGGACAGUAUGAGCAUGUAUUUGUCCUUUGAUGCCGACGAUACGCUUGCCAGCAAAUGGCAAUCUGUGAUGACAACAAGCCAGAGUCAGAGUCAUUACAUGGAGGUGCAGCAGAGCAUGCUGAUGGACCAAACACUCGAAGACCAUAAUAAGAAGUCGGUGCUCAAGUCACUGAUACAAAAUGAAACGACGCGCGAUCAAAUUUCCCCAUUGCGUCCAUUCGAUCAGAGUCUACUCAAUAAACAUAACGCUUUGUGCUCCACGCCCACUAAAAAUAAAACCCUUACCGAUGUGAACAACAAGGAGAAUACACAGCCCGAUAUGGAGAAUAACACAACAUUAUCUUCGACCAUUGAUGGGACUGCGUCCACAGUGAAAAUCAACACAAUGCUUACUGAAACAAAUCCCACAAUCAAUGAGAUUUCGCUGCAGGAGAUAAGCAGCAAUAAGACUAACAAUGUUUAUCCAUUAAGUGCUGAUGUCUUGCUAGAAAACAUAACCGAAGUUUCAAAUGAGGAGACUUCAAUGUCUGUGCCGUCGCCUGUAGAGGAAGUUCUCAUAGAAAAGCAGGAGACAACAAAUGCUGUCGCUACUGACAUGAUCAACGAAGUGUCCGAGUUGAUUAACAAAGCCUUGAAGCUGACUGGCAGCUCCUUGAAGCCCCUGAAACAACCAGAGCAGCCGCCGCAAGAGAAGUGCCAGCAAAAGCCGCUACCUACAGUUAAUUUACCACGUCCACGUCGCUCCUUUUUGCCUACAGCCAGCGGCCAAACAUUCAAGCAACGCAUGUCAAUUGUGGUCAAGACGACGCUGAACAGUCCAGCACGCAAAUUGGCGGCCGCUAAUGCGAGUGGACGUCGCAGUUGUUUGCCCACUGCCAGGACAAGUAUGCUGCGCAAAUCCACAAUAGUACGCUCCACUGAAAGCAGCUGCAGCAGCAGUGUCAUCAGUGUACAGUCUUCGAGCAGCUCAAAAGUACCUACCUUGUCUGCGAAGCCAUUUGCUCGCCCAUCGCUUGCCCCAAAACCCAAGGCAGCUGCUGCCACUGCUCCCAAGUUCAAUUGCCAGUUGUGCAGCGCAACCUUUUUAGCUAAACAGCAAUUGGAUGUGCAUAUGCGUAAGCACUUGGAACAUAAGAAACCGGGCGUAUGCAAGUAUUGCGAUAAGAAAUUCCAACUGGAGCGUGCACUGCAUAUUCAUCUCAUGCAGAAUUGCCAGAAAAUACCGCCAGCCGAGAAGCGUAAACUUCAAUACACGGAACUCAACCACGAGAAGAAGGCACAGCUGCCGAAACUAUUGCCACCCGAAUCGCCAGUUUUCCCCUGCAAGCCAACUAUAACAGAUUCUUCGCUGGGUAGGUCUAAUAAGUUGCAGCAACAACAGUUAAUGUCAAACAAGGAGGAGCAACAAAAAGCUGUAGUCCCAAUGGCACCGCCGGCUAGCAAGAUGCCCAAGAAGGUGCCGCAUUCGGGUGUCUAUUGUACACCAACUAAACUGGUCCCAUGUCAUAGUUGUAAGCUAUCGUUUAAGAGCGUCCUUGACUAUACCAAUCACUGUCUCACUGUGCACUCCUCGAUGUCGUUGCACAGCCGCAAACCGGAGGCAGCCACAGCACCGAGUGCUCAACAAGAUUAAAUCAAAUAAUCAUCAUCAUUUAGGCUAAGUUGUGUUGACUUA